GGAGCCGCUCUGGGCCGGCGCUCCCGCGGGGCGGCCAUGGCGGCGGCGGGCGGCAGGAGGGCCGUGUACCCGCUGUUCCAGAGGGGCGGCCCGCAGCUGCGGAUCUUCCGUCCCAACUUCUUCAUGCUGGCGGUGCGGCCCGGCGUGCCCCAGCCCGAGGACACCGUGCAGUUCCGCGUCUCCAUGGAAAUGACCAAGCUGGACAUCAGGAAUUACCUUGAAAGAAUAUACAAUGUGCCUGUAGCUGCUGUGAGAACCAGGAUACAGUAUGGUGCAAACAACAAGAGGAAUCACAGGAAUCAGAGAGUGAAGAAGCCAGAUUACAAGGUUGCCUAUGUACAGCUGGGUCAAGGACAAACAUUUCAGUUUCCCAACCUAUUUCCAGAGAAAGAACAAGACGCAGAAACUCGCUCUUUCGAUGACUUCAGGGAUAAAUAUAUGGAGAAAGAGAAGCAGAAGGAGGAAGGUGACCCCAGACGAGGUGGAGUCCCUGAUUGGUUUGGACUUUGAAGCCAGCUGCCUUCCUUUAGGCCCAGAGGGAUUUUGAUUAGCACAACUUGCACUCUUCUCUUUUUGUAAUGAUCGAAUGUUUAUUCUUGAGCAGCCCUUGCUAGCAUGUCUUUUUUUUUCUGGCUGUUUGUACAUGACUACAACAAAAUGGCCCUGAAGAAAUAAAAAGGUAAAAUAAA